AAUUAAACCCCAAAUUAUUGGCACAGAGACGGUCAUUUUGUCACGAUGUUAAACCCCGGAGAUUAAGAAAUCGCGAAAAAAAAAUAUUUUUAUGUAUCAUAAGAUAUGAUGGACCCUCUAUAUGAAAAAGUGAAAUGGAGUUUUAGGUGGACAGUAUUCUUCACGCUUAUUUCAGAUUGCAGCUGCAAGUACUGCUACACAUCAUCUACAGGGGCCUACCUGUGCCAGUACACGUAUGGGGCGGGACAGUCCGGUGAGAUAGCAGGCAUUGUGAUAGGAGCAGUGAUCGGUCUGGCCGUCCUCAUCGGCAUCAUAGUCUGCUGUGCCACCAAGUGUAACAAGAAGAAGAAGCAGCCCCGAGCAGCACGUCCUACCCGAGUGCAGGUGUCUGAGGCCAGCAGACGAGAUCAUAUGCCGCCAGAGAGCAUGCCGAUGUACGGCAUGUUUAAUAUGCCCCCACCCCCGCCGUCUAUGCCGGACUUUGCCCCGCCGUCCUACGACUCCCACAACUUCAAUCACCCACCCCCUACUGUCUCAGCGACCGUCUCUACAUCUGCCGGUCAUAACCACGGCAUCGGUUUCCAUGACGUCGAGGACGACGACUUUUUACCGCCGGCUUACUAGACGAUAGCUUAUUGGACAUUCAGACAACUACUGUGUUGAUUUCAUUUAUCAUAGACGCAUUUAAUACCUACGCCAAUAGUCGUGUCCUCUUUUCAAGAGAUCGCCCUAUUUUGCUGGUAUGGGGCAUCUUGAGAUAUCAAAAUGGAUGAAAGACUGUUAAAAUAAAAUUAAAGCCGCCGUUAUGAUAUUUUCAGUUUGUGUAAAUUUGAGUUAUAAUACUUUUGAAAAAUUAUGAGUGGGGUCAAAAUUGUGAAAGCAACUUGAGUUUUCGGCAGCCGAUACAUUGACCUUUUGCAAUAGCUUUUCUAUAUUUAUUGUCCGCGGAAGGAUUGAUUUUUAAAAUGAACAUUUAAAAGACACACAUAUAUUGUUAAAAAAAAUGUACCAGUGUACUCUUCAUCUUUUACCAAAAAAAUAUACUUGGAAUUUAGAAUUGCUUUGUUUUACCAUAUCUACGAAAGAGUAAGAUUUUAAUGUGCUACAGUAUAAAGAAAACACUAAAAUAAUGAUGAUAAAACUCAUUAAUAUACGAAAAAGUAGUUGAAUUGGUUUUUCUGUUGAUUUGUACUUGUUUUCCUGAUAGAAAAAUAUUUUUUCACUUUUGGGUGGACGCUAAACAUAGAAAAAACUUGGAAUGGCCUUACUUUUUGACAUUGCUCUAGCAUGUUGCAGUUUGAAUGUGCAAAACAUCGUUAUGUACAAGAUUUUUGGAAGUUUUUCAUAAUUUGUAGGUAUCCCAUGCUGUAUCUAUAACACUGUCAAGAAACAUCGUUCUCUUUCAAUUGUUUCUUUUUACCGUUGAUCCAAUAAGUGUCCCCAAAAACCACUUGUUAUAUUCUCUACCAUUUUGUUCCGUUUUAAUGAAUUCAUUUAUAUGUACAAUUGUUUUGAUUUACUUUUAUUCAUGAUGCAUGUAUAUGACUUGGAGAUCUUCGUCUUCGAUGGAUUUGACAUCAAUGAGAUGUCGUGAAUAAAGGCUACCAAAGACUGA